AUGCCUCUAGAAGACGAUGUGUUUGAUCUGCAAACGCAUCUCUUACACGGAAUGAUUCACACCAAUGGAUAUGGUCAUUUGAUAUGCGUCAAUGGCAUGGAAGGUGGAUCAAAACACUUAUGCGGAAGAGAAAUUGUGGAUCUUUGGGAUCGAAUAUGUACAAACCUUGGAGCAAGGAUGAUAACAGUUGAAGAUAUCUCUAAGAAGAGCUACGGUGUGACCAAGAGCGAUUACGAGAAUGCUAUAGAGCUUCUAGGUUCUCUUGAACUUGAUCAGGUUGAAUCUGCUUUCAAUGAGCAUAAACAGUUCAAAGAGGUCAAGCAGAUCUUCAGAUACUACAGAGACAUGAGUGAAGAAAAGAUCAACAGAUUGUUCUUGAAGAAGAGUGAUGCUGUGGAGAAUGAGAAGUCUUCUCAGAGGUUUAGGAUUUAUAGCGAUGUUGCAGCUAAUUUGGGAAGUAGAUGGCCAGUGAGGAGACUUGAAUACGCAUCUGAAGUGAUUGUAGAGUCACUGAAAGAGAUGAAAGCGUUGAAUCAGAACGGUAUGACUCGUCAACAUGUGAGGGAUGCAGCAAGAUUACAUAUUGGAGACACUGGUCUGCUUGAUUACGUGUUGAAGUUGAUGAACAAUGUUGUUGUUGGGAAUGUUUUGGUCAGACGUUAUGUUGAUCCGCUUACAAGGAUACUACAUUACACAAUCCAGGAGCUUGGUGAUGAUCAUCAUGAUGCGACGAAACUGAUUGGCCGAAGAGAGAAGAAGCUGCAACAGAUCAAUGAGCUUCCACCAGGAGAGUUAGUCACAGUCUUGCUGCAAGCCACAGUCUUUGAUCUGAAACAAGCUAUUGAAGACACUUUCAGAGAUACUUAUUGCAUUCUAACAAACUUCACGGUGAAUGAGAUCGAUGAGCUUGAGGAAGAUGAUAGGAAUUUGCUGUUUGGAAGAGUGGAGAAUUGCUCUGCUUUGACAGUGAGAGGGUUUGGGAUUGAGGAAAUCGAAGCUCAAGUUUCAAGGUGGGUGUCAUACCAUACGAGAUCCUGUGGGAUUGAUGAUUCUGAUACUUUGCCCCCACUUUAUGUUUGUUCUAAUUGCUGUGAAGAGUUUGCAGAGCAACAGAGGAGAGUUUUGCAGCCAAAGUAUGAGUUUCCGAGUCAAGAUCAUAACAUGUUACUGCUUGAAGGAGCAGAUGAUUACUUUGGUGAUGAGAGAUGUCUUGGAGUCAUGUUUCCUUCAGAGAGUUUCCUUAGUGAGCAAUACAUCUUGUAA